AUGGUUCCCUUCCGAACUGAUAUCGGUACCACGAACCCGCACGCGGUGGGGAGUAGCGACAGUUAUGUGGACAACUUGGAGACUGAUGUCCUAAUUGUUGGCGCUGGCUUUGGCGGCAUUUAUUUAAUGCACAAGCUUCGACAAUUGGGCUUCAAGUGUAAGAUUUAUGAAGCUGGGAAAGAGCUAGGAGGCAUCUGGCACUGGAACUGCUACCCUGGUGCGAGAGUUGAUACGCAAGUGCCCAUCUACGAGUAUAGCAUUCCAGAAGUCUGGAAAGAUUGGACAUGGUCCGAAAAAUACCCAGGCUUUGCGGAACUACGCAAAUACUUCGAACACGUCGACAAGGUUCUCAAUGUGAAGAAGGACGUGGCAUUCGAUACCCGCGUUGUGGGUGCUCAGUUCGAUAAAGCCUCAUCAAAGUGGGUUGUUAAGACUGAGGAUGGGCGAACUGCGAGAGCGAGAUAUCUGUUACUGGCUACUGGCUUUGCUGCCAAACGAUACUUCCCAGAUUGGAUGGGAUUGGAUAAAUUCAAAGGCGAGAUUCACCACUCGUCUUUCUGGCCAGAUGCUGGUGUAGAUGUGAAGGGAAAGCGUGUUGCUGUGAUUGGAACCGGUUCGACCGGUGUCCAGAUUGCGCAGGAGACGGCAAAGGAAGCAGGGUCUGUGACCGUCUUCCAACGAACACCCAAUCUCGCCCUACCAAUGCGCCAGACCAAGCUCACAAGGGACGAACAAAUAAACCGCAAAUCCGACUAUCCGGAAAUCUACAAGAACCGCAUGACCACUUUCGCUGGCUUUCAAUACGACUUCGUCGACCGCAACACCCUCGACGACACACCCUCGCAGCGCGAAGCCUUCUAUGAAAAACUCUUCGCCAACGGCGGCUUUGAAUUCUGGCUUGCGAACUAUAAAGACCUACUAUUCGACAAAGAGGCCAACAACGAGGCGUAUAAAUUCUGGGCGAAGAAGACUCGAGCCCGAAUAUCAGAUCCGCGGAAGCGGGAUAUUCUCGCGCCGGAGAACCCUCCACAUGCGUUUGGCACGAAGCGACCGAGCCUAGAGCAGAAUUAUUACGAGAUGUUGGAUAAGCCGCAAAACGAUGUUGUUGAUAUCAAAAAGACGCCAAUUGUAGAGGUUACAGAGACGGGAAUUAAGACCGAGGAUGGGAAAUUAAGGGAGUUUGAUGUUAUUGCGUUGGCGACUGGAUUUGAUUCUGUGACGGGAGGAAUGAAGAAUAUGGGGUUGAAGGAUAUUGAUGGCGUGGAGUUGAAUGAGAAAUGGAAGAUGGGGACUUGGUCGUAUUUGGGUAUGACAUGUGCUGGAUAUCCUAACAUGUUUUUCCUCUACGGCGCUCAAGGCCCGACUGCCUUCAGCAAUGGACCGAGCUGCGUUGAGUGCCAGGGUGACUGGAUCGUUGAUGCGAUGAAGAAGCUCAAGGACGAAGAUAUCAAGUACAUCGAUCCCUCAAAAGAAGCGGAAGAGAGCUGGCGCCAAAAGGUUACUGAACUCUCCGACAAGACAUUAUUCCCUGGCACCUCGUCCUGGUAUAUGGGCGCAAAUAUCCCAGGAAAGCCGAGAGAGCAGUUAAAUUUCGCAGGUGGCAUUCCGCUGUAUGAGAAGGAGUGUCGGGAGGCGCUGAACAAUGGGUUCGAGGGUUUCAUCACGGCUUGA